UUGAAGUUCCCUUCAUAUCAUCGAUCCAAUCAAAACCAUACACGACACACACAAAGCAACACAACACAUUUCCGUGGAAUUCAAUGCCCCCAAUUUCCCUUCCCCAUCAAAAUUCCAACUUUAUUUCCAAAUUCACACUUUCAUAAACCACCCAACUUUUUUUUUGUAUCUAAAUUCUUUCAAUUUCACACCCGAAUUAGAUUUUCACCCUUUUUCUCAAUUGGGUUCUUAAAAAAAUCUGAUUUUGUUUAUGUUUUUAUGAACCCAAUGAAUUUCAGAAGCUUAGAAGAUUUCUGGGCUUUUUAUGUGAGCCAACAUUCAAAAAGGGCUACAAGACAUUGGCACUUUGUGGGAACGUUUUUGAGUAUUUUCUUCUUGAUGUUUUCUAUUUUCUUCAGUUGGUGGUUUUUGUUCUUUGUUCCUUUAUCUGGUUAUGGAUGUGCAUGGUAUAGUCAUUUCUUUGUUGAAAAGAAUGUUCCAGCUACUUUUGGACACCCCUUUUGGUCAUUUUUGUGUGAUUACAAAAUGUUUGGAUUGAUGCUUACUGGAAAAAUGGAUAGAGAGAUCAAGAGGCUUGGAAAAAGACCUGUGUUGCAAGGGUUCUGAUUUUUUAUAUGUUAAGCUUGGUCCUUGUUGUUUUAGGUUUGUCAGUUUAUGAUUUUGAGCUUCCGGUACAAGGAAGUUUGAAGUGCAGAUGGAUUCAUAAGUGGUCGUGCAGCGGGGAUGUAGGUGUUUCAUGGUUGGCUAGCCAAUCUUCAAGGACAAGAUUGUAUAGUGUUCAAAAAUUUUAAUAGCAUGAUAUGAAGCAUAACGCUACUUGAAAUUGUAACAAAAUAAUAACAUUUUUAUGUGGUGUGUUCUGUCUAAUGCAACGUACAACUUUCCCUUACUA